AUGGCCGGAGCAGCAGCAGCCGCCGCCGCCGUGGCCUCCGGCAUCUCGAUCCGGACGGUCGCCGCUCCUAAGAUCUCGCGCGCGCCUCGCUCUCGGUCGGUGGUGAGGGCGGCCGUUUCCUUAGGCGAGAAGGCUUACACGGUUCAGAAAUCUGAGGAGAUCUUCAACGCUGCCAAGGAAUUGAUGCCUGGAGGUGUUAAUUCACCAGUCCGUGCCUUCAAAUCAGUCGGCGGGCAGCCCAUAGUUUUUGAUUCUGUGAAGGGCUCUCAUAUGUGGGAUGUCGAUGGAAAUGAAUAUAUUGAUUAUGUUGGUUCCUGGGGUCCUGCAAUCAUUGGUCAUGCAGAUGACGAGGUGAAUGCUGCACUUAUUGAAACUCUGAAGAAGGGAACUAGCUUUGGUGCUCCAUGUGCGUUGGAGAAUGUGUUGGCUCAAAUGGUCAUCUCCGCUGUGCCGAGUAUCGAAAUGGUUCGUUUUGUAAACUCAGGAACAGAAGCUUGCAUGGGAGCACUCCGCCUUGUGCGUGCAUUCACUGGGAGGGAAAAGAUCCUCAAGUUUGAAGGCUGUUACCAUGGCCAUGCAGAUUCCUUCCUCGUUAAAGCAGGCAGUGGUGUUGCCACCCUCGGCCUCCCAGACUCCCCUGGAGUGCCUAAGGGAGCCACUGUUGGGACUCUAACAGCACCUUAUAAUGAUGCUGAGGCAGUUAAAAAGCUGUUUGAGGAUAACAAAGGGGAAAUUGCUGCAGUCUUCCUUGAGCCGGUUGUCGGCAAUGCUGGCUUCAUUCCUCCACAGCCUGCUUUCCUAAAUGCUCUCCGUGAGGUGACCAAACAAGACGGUGCACUUCUGGUCUUUGAUGAAGUGAUGACUGGUUUCCGUUUAGCUUAUGGUGGGGCACAAGAGUACUUUGGAAUCACCCCUGACGUGACAACCUUGGGGAAAAUUAUUGGGGGUGGUCUUCCAGUUGGUGCUUAUGGUGGGCGGAAGGAUAUCAUGGAGAUGGUUGCUCCAGCAGGACCAAUGUACCAGGCAGGAACCCUGAGUGGAAACCCUCUAGCUAUGACUGCCGGAAUCCACACUCUCAAGCGUCUGAUGGAGCCUGGCACCUAUGAAUACUUAGACAAGGUCACCAGUGAACUUGUCCAGGGUAUAUUGGAUGCGGGUGCUAAAACAGGGCACGAGAUGUGUGGAGGACACAUCAGAGGCAUGUUCGGAUUCUUCUUCGCAGGUGGCCCAGUGCACAACUUUGAUGACGCCAAGAAGAGCAACACCGCAAAGUUUGGGAGGUUCCACCGUGGAAUGCUGGAAGAAGGCGUGUAUUUGGCACCAUCCCAGUUCGAGGCAGGUUUUACAAGCUUGGCACACACAACCCUAGACAUUGAGAAAACCGUGGAGGCUGCCGAGAAGGUUCUUCGUCGGAUAUAG